UUUUCCUAUGGAGGCAAAGGGCUUCGUAGCGAUACUGAAAAUAUUUACAAACUAAAUGUGGACUCCGGCUUGUUGUUCGAUAGCUUUUUCCUCCCGUUUUAAUCGAAAACCAAUGUACGUCGAGGUAGCAGUGUGUCUGAGUGGAUCAUUCCGUGCAGAGCAGCAGUGUUAUGUUAACAGAGUCAAAAUGGCGUCUGCUUGCCCACUCAACACUCGUCUAAUCCAUCUGUGAUUAGCCUGAUAAGUAGCUAAUUUUUCAUAACCUGUGACUAUUUUUCUAUUGUUUUCCGUUUACCACGCUGAUACAGUCGGAGCACAUUUCAGCGUCAUGUCUGACUCGGAGGAGGACAGCCAGGACAGGCAGCUUAAAAUUGUAGUGAUUGGAGACGGUGCGUGUGGAAAGACAUCACUCGCCACCAGGUUUGCACAGGAGGCCUUUGGGAAGCAGUACAAACAAACCAUUGGCCUGGAUUUCUUUCUGAAGAGAAUAAGCCUUCCAGGCAACUUGAAUGUGACCCUGCAGGUGUGGGACAUUGGAGGCCAAACAUUAGGAGGGAAAAUGUUGGAUAAAUAUGUAUAUGGAGCUCAUGGGGUUCUUCUGGUUUACGAUAUCACCAACUACCAGAGCUUUGAGAAUCUGGAGGAUUGGUUCAGCAUGUUGAAGAAGGCCAACGAGGAAUCUGAUAUUCAGCCGGUUGUCUCCCUGAUUGGGAACAAAAUCGACAUGGAGCACCUGAGGACAGUGAAGGCGGACAAACACCAGCGUUUCUGCCAAGAAAACAGCCUCAUCAGUCAGUUUGUAUCGGCCAAGACGGGGGACUCGGUGUACCUUUGUUUCCAGAGAGUGGCAGCUGAGAUUCUUGGUGUAAAACUAAACAAAGCAGAAAUCGAGCAGUCCCAGAGGAUUGUGAAGGCUGAGCUGGUGGACUACCCACAGGAUGAAGGUCCAAUUAGACAAGAGAACAACCACCAAAGCAAAAUAUGUUCUGUUCAAUAGUUGUCAAAAACGUGUGGUAAAGGCAGACAUCGUAAACUACAGUCAGGACACAGUGGCCAGGACAGUCAACCCCCCCCGCAGCUCUAUGUGUGUGGUGCAGUGACACACACACACACACACACACACACACACACACACACACACACACACACACACACACACACACACACACACACACAAUGUAAAAUUGCCUUCAGUCAGUAUUCCUCUCUCUUCAAGAUUUGUGGGGUGACUGGAUGAAAUGUGUUCAGAGUGUGUUCUCUCUAUUCCUGUGUGUCAGUUGUACGGGUGAGAUGAAGAACAGACUGUGUGGUUUCGAGGCCUUGGCCUGUAGUUUGGAUAUUUAGCAGGAACGAUUUCUUGGGUGGUUUACCAAAAAGGAAACGGGACCGCCGUUUUUUUUUUUCCAAGUUUACGUGCAGCUAUCAUUUUAUGUCUGGGAUUCACCUCUAAAUACAUA